AUGGCCGACUUCGUCGACCCCCGGAUGACCUCCAUCAAGCCCCGCAUUCGCUACAACACUAUCGGAGGUAUCAACGGACCGCUGGUCUUCCUCGACAAUGUCAAGUUCCCCCGUUACAACGAGAUUGUGUCCCUGACGCUUCCCGAUGGAACGGAGCGCUCCGGUCAGGUACUGGAGGCUCGAGGAAACCGAGCCGUUGUGCAGGUGUUCGAAGGCACUUCGGGUAUCGAUGUUAAGAAGACGAAAGUCGAGUUUUCCGGCCACAGCUUGAAGCUUGGUGUGUCCGAGGACAUGCUGGGUCGUGUCUUCGACGGUUCGGGACGUGCCAUCGAUAAGGGUCCCAAGGUGUUGGCGGAGGACUACCUGGAUAUCAACGGACAGCCUAUCAACCCGUACUCUCGAGUUUACCCCGAGGAAAUGAUCUCCACCGGUAUCUCCGCUAUCGACACCAUGAACUCCAUCGCCCGUGGACAGAAGAUCCCCAUCUUCUCCGCCGCCGGUCUUCCCCACAACGAAAUCGCUGCUCAGAUUUGUCGUCAAGCUGGUCUGGUCAAGCGCCCUACUAAGGAUGUUCACGACGGCCACGAGGAGAACUUCUCGAUUGUCUUCGCUGCUAUGGGUGUUAACAUGGAAACCGCCCGCUUCUUCACCCGCGACUUCGAGGAGAACGGUAGUAUGGAGCGUGUCACCCUGUUCCUGAACUUGGCCAACGACCCCACCAUUGAGCGUAUCAUUACCCCUCGUCUGGCCCUGACCACCGCCGAAUACUACGCCUACCAGUUGGAGAAGCACGUCCUGGUCAUCAUGACUGAUCUGUCGGCUUACUGUGAUGCCCUGCGUGAGGUUUCCGCUGCCCGUGAAGAAGUGCCCGGACGUCGUGGUUACCCCGGUUACAUGUACACGGAUUUGUCGACCAUCUACGAGCGUGCUGGUCGUGUUGAGGGCCGUAACGGUUCCAUUACUCAGAUUCCCAUUCUGACCAUGCCUAACGAUGAUAUCACUCAUCCCAUCCCUGAUCUUACAGGUUAUAUUACCGAGGGCCAAAUCUUCAUUGAUCGUCAACUUGCCAACAAGGGUGUCUACCCUCCCAUCAACGUGCUUCCUUCGCUCUCACGUCUGAUGAAGUCCGCUAUCGGCGAGGGCCGUACCCGCAAGGACCACUCCGAUGUGUCUAACCAAUUGUACGCCAAGUACGCUAUUGGUCGUGAUGCCGCCGCCAUGAAGGCAGUCGUCGGCGAGGAAGCUCUUUCCUCCGAGGACAAGCUGUCUCUGGAGUUCCUCGAGAAGUUCGAGCGUACCUUCAUCAGCCAGUCUCCAUACGAGUCCCGCUCGAUCCACGAGUCCCUCGACAUUGCUUGGAACCUUCUCCGUGUGUACCCCAAGGAGUUGCUCAACCGUAUCCCCAAGCGUGUCCUGGACGAGUUCUACGCCCGUUCCGCCCGCAAGAUCGCCAACAAGGAUACCCGCGACAACUCGAGCGAGCAGCAGCAGAGCGGCAACCUCAUCGAUGCGUAA